ACGGGAGGGUGGGCUUUCGGGGCAGUGGAUUCGCAGCCCCUGUGUGCACCGCAGUGGGGCCCUGCGCCCUGGAGUGCACCAAGAUGAAGACCGCGGAUCACUGCUGGACGGACCUCUCCGCCGACGAGCUCGUCCUGGGGCCGGCAUCCACAGCUCGCACCUGCGGCAGGACUUGCCCGCCCACCACGCGUCCGGCCCUCUGUAUCCAGAAGAGGCAUUCAAGUGGCCGCAUGGACGACCGGCCAUCCUGUUCUGCCCGUGACUAUGUUGAGUCCCUGCACCAGAACUCCCGGGCUGCACUUCUCCAUGGCAAGAACCACGUGCUGGUUCAGCCGGUGAGAGAUACUGGGACCCAGACCUUCCACAGGGGGUCUGGCAUCAGGCUAUACAGGAGGAGACCCCUCUGCCUCCGUGGUGCUCCUCCAUCCAUCCACCCAUCCAUCCGUCCACCCAUCCAUUUGUCCAUUUAUUUUCCAGUCCUUCUCUCCAUCCACCUGUCCACCCAGCUGCCUAUCCACCUAUUCUCUUUUGUUACCGCUCAUUCAUUCAGCAAGUAUUUAUACUGAAUUUUCUAUGUACUAGAUGCUUGGGAUAUCAGGAUAAACAUCAUGGUUGAUAUAUUUUUUAA